UGUGUGAACACAGAGACCGAGACAGAGAGAAUCAGCGAGUGAAGCGGAGAGAAAGCCCCUGAAGAGAAGAGAUGGCAGAAGUUGCUCCAGCUGCGCCUCCCGCUCCUGCUCCGGCCAAAGCGCCGGCUAAAGCGCCGAAGAAGAAGUCUGUCAAGCCCAAGCCUAAGGGCGGCCUCAGCAUCAGCGAGCGGAUCGUCAAGGUCGUGUCUGCGUCCAAGGAGCGCAAAGGCGUUUCUCUGGCCGCCCUCAAGAAAGCUCUGGCCAACGACGGCUACGACGUGGACAAGAACAGAUCCCGCAUCAAACUGGCCCUGGUGGCGCUGGUCAACAAAGCAGUUCUGGUCCAGAUUAAAGGCACCGGAGCCUCCGGCUCUUUCCGCCUCGCCAAGAAGGACAGCGGCGCCGCCAAGUCCUCCAAGAAGCCAGCCGCUAAAGCCGCUAAAAAGCCAGCUGCCAAGACAGCCGCCGCUAAGAAACCUGCAGCCACGAAGCCCAAAAAACCAGCCGCCAAAUCUGCAGCCAAGAAAUCUCCGUCCAAGGCCAAGAAACCCGCAGCCGCCAAGAAGAAACUCUCCAAGCCCACGAAGAAACCCGCCGCAGCCAAGAAGUCCGUGAGCCCCAAGAAGGCCAAGAAGGUUACCAAGCCCGUCAAGAAGAGCAAAGUCAGCAAACCCAAAGCUACCAAAACCAGCAAGCCCAAACCCAAGAAGGCUGCAGCCAAGAAGUGAAGCCCUCACCCUUCACUAACACCCCCAAAGGCUCUUCUCAGAGCCACCCACCUCCUCUAAGAGCAUCCUUCACAAAUCACUGUUUUGUGUUAUCCACUUGUAGCCUACUUGUUAUUUAUUAUUUAGCCUAUAACUAAAGCUUCUAUAAUGCUCCUCACACUGAGUGCAGAGUGGUGCCGUGCGAAGUGGCAGCCUGUUGCAGCAGCUCCUGUGUCUUUCUUAGUUUUUGUAUUUCACAAACCAUCACACGGUACAACAAACCACAUCUGUCUGACAGACAACUCACAGCUGUCUGCUGUAUAGUCCUGUUUUAACGCUCCACUACUCAGCACCACAAC